CCCGGGAGUCUGGAGGCGGGGGAGGCGGAGGGAAGAGGAGGAGCCCCGAGGCCGCCAGCUGGAGAGGAGCGGGCCGGAGCUGAAGGGCUGCCAGCCGGACGGCGCGGGCCAUGAGGCGGCCCCGGGCGCCGGCAGCCCCAGUCCGCAGCCGCCCCGAGCCCCAUGGCCCCCGCGGCCGCCCUGGCCCUGCACUUGGCCUCGGUCCUCAGCCUGUCGGGGCUCGGCGCCGCCAGCCGCCACUGCCCCGAGCUGCCCCUGGACGGCUGCGUGUGCACGGCCGAGCGUGCCCAGGGCCCCGGGCGGCCCGAGCUGCGCGUCCGAGUGGCCUGUGCCGGAGGGGACCUGGUGGCCACGCCACAGCCCGAGCUACUUCCCCGCCGGACCGUCAGCCUGAUCCUGACCAACAACAAGAUCUUGGGAGUAAAGAGUGAGGCCUUCUUGGGUCUGCCAUUGCUGGAGAGACUGGACCUGAGGAACAACCUGAUCAGCGUGGUGGAGCCCAGGGCCUUCCUCGGUCUACCCCAGCUCAAGCGUCUGGAUCUCUCAAAUAACAGGAUCGGCUGCUUGACUCCUCCAGUGUUUGCGGGACUCAGCGGUCUUCACAAGCUGAAUCUGUCAGGAAACAUCUUCUCUGGGCUGAUGUUUGGACUCUUUUCUGAGCUCUUGGCCCUGAAAGUUGUGCACUUUGGCACCGACUCCCUCAUCUGUGACUGUCAUCUGAGGUGGGUCUCAGAGUGGGCCAGAAACGCGUCGGUGCGGCUGGCGGAGGAGACCACGUGUGCGUUCCCCACGGCGCUGCGCGGCCGGCCUCUGCGCGGCCUCCAAGAGGACCAGCUGACCUGCGCGGGGCCUCUGGAGCUGCCGCUCUUCCAGCUGAUUCCGUCCCAGAGCCAGGUGGUCUUCCACGGGGACCGCCUGCCCUUCCAGUGCACGGCCACCCUGGUGGGCAACUCGACACAGGCCCACUGGUACCACAACGGGCGACUGGCUGAGACUGACGAAGCCCGGGGCGUGUUUGUGAAGGAGAGCGUCGUCCACGACUGCAGCCUGGUCACCCGGGAACUCACCCUGACCAGCAUUGGUACGGAUGCCGCGGGAUCCUGGGAGUGCCGGGUCAGCAACACCUACGGCAACCGAACCAAAGGAGUUGAGAUCACGGUGUUGGAGACCGCGGCGCCCUACUGCUCCCCGGAGAGGCUCUGGACAAGGAAGGGCGACUUCAGGUGGCCCAGAACCUUGGCGGGGGUGACAGCCUCCCACCUGUGCCUUCCCUUCCCCCUGAGCGGGCUGUCCCUUCGCAGCAGUCCCGGGGAGCCCAGGGCUCGGCGCAGGUGCGGCCCGGGCGGCCGCUGGGACGAGGCCGACCUGUCCGAGUGCCCUUCUUCCCAAGAAGUCAUCCAGGUGCUCUCGGCCUUUGCUACGAUGCACAUCAACGUCACCAACGUGGGAGAGUUCUCGGCCCGACUGGCGCUCUACACGAGGGGGGCGUCUCCCUUUGCGGGGAAGACAGAGGUCGUCCACCUGGCCCAGAUGAUGGAGAGGCUGCUGGCCUUUGUGGAAGAAAGCCAGGAACUCGGAGACGCCCUGGUCCAAAUCGCAAGCAACCUGAUGCUGGUGGGAGACCACGCGCUGUGGGCGGCGCAGAGAGAAGACGGAGCCUGCACGAGAGCCCUUCGCUGCCUCGAGCGCGUGGCCGAGCGGACGCCCACUGCCAGCGUGCCUGCCAUGUCCAAGGUCUCCCCUAACAUAGCACUCGAGGCCUGGGUCCUCCAGCCCUCAAGCUUCAGAGGGAUGAGCUGUGUGGUCUUCCAGAAGGCGCCCGGGGAGGGAGACGCCCACCCCGAAGAGGCCCUGAGCCUUAAGUGUGACGCUUCCGGAGCAGCGUGGGACAGAGGGGCGGAGCAGCCUGCCCAGAACGACGCCUCGGCCGACGGCGUCACUGUGGUCGCCUCGGUCCAUCUGCCCCGGCCAGCCCCCUCGGCCGGAGCCCCCGCCCGACAAUCUGUUGAUAACUCCACCUGCAAGCUGAAAUUGAUCGUCUUUCGCAAUGGGAAACUCUUCCCCGGCGGCAGCUCGGUCAACUGGUCCAGCCCUGGGGCUGCCGGGAGGCGGAGGUCGGUGGCCACUCCGGCUCUCUUUGCGCAAAUAGAUGGGUGCAGCCUCAGCAACCUGAGCGCUCCAGUCAUCGUCGGUCUGAGGCCCUGGGCACCGGGGCUGGCCCCCGUGGCAGCCGCUUGGGAUUUUGACCUUCUCGCCGGACAUGGAGGCUGGCGGGGAGACAGGUGCGACCUAGUGGGCUCGGCGGGAGACCUCCUCACCCUCCAGUGCCCGCGCUGGGGCCACUUCGCAGUGCUCAUGGAUCUGAAGACGGUCCUUUCCCUGCCUGAGGCCCCAGGGGAGUUCCUGCACCCCGUGGUGUACGCCUGCACCGCAGUCAUGCUCCUCUGCCUCUUCGCCUCCAUCCUCACCUACAUCGUGCACCACAGCACCAUCCGCAUCAGCCGCAAGGGCUGGCACAUGCUCCUCAACUUCUCCUUCCACACGGCCCUCACCUUUGCGGUCUUCGCGGGGGGCAUCAAUCGCACCCAGUACCCGAUCGUCUGCCAGGCCGUUGGCAUCACGCUCCAUUACUCCACCCUGUCCACGAUGCUUUGGAUCGGUGUCACGGCCAGAAACAUCUACAAGCAGGUGACGAAGAAGGCUCCCCAGGGACCGGGGGGCGAGCAGCCACCAUACCCCAAGCAGCCACUGCUCAGAUUUUACCUGAUUAGCGGCGGCGUCCCCUUGAUCAUCUGCGGAAUUACGGCCGCGACCAACAUCAAAAAUUACGGGCCGGACAGCGACGGCGCCCCCUACUGCUGGAUGGCGUGGGAGCCCAGCCUGGGGGCCUUUUACGGGCCCGUGGCUUUCAUCGUGCUGGUGACGUGCAUCUACUUCCUGGGCACCUACGUGCAGCUGAGGCGCCACCCGGAGCGCAAGUACGAGCUCAAGGAGCGGCGGGAGGAGCCGCCCAGGCUGGCGGGCCCGGACGCGGGGCCCGGCCCCGCGGGAGAGCCCGGGCCCGGCCCCGCCCCGGCCUGCUCCCUGCUGUCGGCCUCGCUCCUGGAGAACGAGCACUCGUUCAAGGCCCAGCUGCGGGCCGCCGCCUUCACCCUCUUCCUCUUCCUGGCCACCUGGACCUUCGGGGCCCUGGCCGUGUCCCAGGGCCCCUUCCUGGACAUGAUCUUCAGCUGCCUGUACGGAGCCUUCUGCGUCACGCUGGGGCUCUUCAUCCUGAUCCACCACUGCGCCAAGCGCGACGACGUCUGGCACUGCUGGUGGGCCUGCUGCCCCGCGCGCGGGGACGCCUACUCCGCGCAGGCCGGCGCCCGGGCCCAGCUCGACGCCAACGGCGACGCCCAGCUGCGCGCGCCCUGCCCGCAGGACUCCCCGUGCCUCGGCCCGGCCGGGGCCUUCGGCCACGCCCCGGGCGGCCGCUGCAAGCUGACCAACCUGCACGCGGCCCAGAACCACGUCGCCUGCCUGUCCCCGGUCACGCCGUGCUGCGCCAAGAUGCACUGCGAGCAGCUGCUGGAGGACGAGGCCCACGUGCACGUGCACCGGCCGGGAGCGCACCUGCACCGCUGUCCCAAGGGCCGGGCCAAGCCCCGCUACUUCAGCCGGCACCGGGCGGCGGCCGCGGCCGACGGGGAGUACGCCUACCACAUCCCGGCCAGCCUGGACGGCGGCAGCCUCCCCAGCUCGCACACGGACAGUCCCCGCAGCGUCCACGAGGGCCCGGCCGGCCUCCACCGGGCCUGCUGCGGCCAGGGCGACCCCUUCCCCACCAUCAGCCAGCCCGAGAGCAGCGACGCCAGCACGGUCAUCUGCAGCUGCGCCCACCUGGCCGAGGGCGAGCCCGGGCCCCACGCGGCCCACUUCGAAAUGCACCCCCGGACGCAGGUGCUGCCGUGUAACGCGGCCGGCCACGACGGGCUGCCCGCGGGGAACCUGGCCGAGGCCAUCGUGUACGGCUCCGACUGCACGGGGAACAUCAAAACGGGCCCGUGGAGGAACGAAACGACUGUGUGACGCGGGGGGCCGGCGGGGUUGGGGGGGGGGCUGCUCCCUGCGGGCCGGCGGUGUCUUCUCCCGCCUCCUGGGGCCCCUCGCUUCUGCCCGCCCCGUUCUGGAGGAAGAGAGCGCGGGACGCGGGCGGGCGGCGGAGACGCUGAGCGGCGGAAGCGGGGAGGACGCGGCCCUGGGGGGGGGGGGGGGGCCUCUGGGACCAGGCGCCUCCAUCCCUUUCAUCGCCAAGCUAAGGGCAGCCCAUCUCCGCAGAGACACAACCCCGAGUCCCUUCCACAGGGGCGAAGGUCCGGCCUUUUCCGAACAGCGGCCUGUGCGGAGGAGCGAAGCUGCCUCUAGGACCCGGGUUGGAGAACGCGCUCCUCGCGGCCCCUCCCUGCCACUUCCUUCCUGCUCCCUCCCCCAGAAGGGGACGAGGGAGCUCUCGCUCUGUCUGUCGCCCAGGGGCUCUGUUGGCCCCCGCCUGACAUCUCUCGGAGGCUCCAUCCCGUUUUCCCGCGUUCACGUGUCUCACCAAACUCCCGUGACAGCCACAGAUCCCGCAGCGGGGAAAGCCCGUCUGGUCGGUCCAUUGCGCCCUGUGCUCCCCCCCUCUCGUUGUCCCAGGGACUCCAGCUCUGUCAGACGUCUCACCACGGCUUGGCUCAGCCCCGCUUUAAUGAGCACCCAACUGGCCGUGAUCCUGUGCUGUGUCUACACCAGCUUCGUGUUCCGUGUCCAGGGGAUACUUCUGAGCCGUUCAGGGGCUCUGGGCAGGGGGCUGGGCAGCACUUGGUUGUCACUCCCUCCUUAAGCACCACAGUCAUCCCCGGCCGGGAGACGUGAGCUGGAACGGCCUUUGCCGUGAGCAGUGCAGACCCACUCGGCUCCAUUUCACCCUUCAAAGAACUGGGCUGGAUUCCAGCGGACCGAGGGCUCUUUGUAACAUGGAAACUCGCCCUUCUGCAGAAUUCCCAGACUUCUCACGGACUCUGCCCCAGCCCCUCCCUGGUUGCAGCUGCGGAUCCCGACCCCGCAGGCGCAUCGGGGACAUUCUGAGACAGGGCAGGCGCUAUUGAAGCCCCCACAGUCCCCUGAACAUCCGGGCAAAAGUUGACUUCUCAAAUAAGUGCUGGCGUCCUUGCCAACCACCUUCCAGAAAGAGGGUCAGGGGACUCGGCUUGUGUCAAAGGGGAGGAGCUGUCCAUCCAGAAGCUGGCUGUCCUGAGGCCAUAGCACCGAGGAAAGGGUUAGGGCCCUCACCUGCCCCCUCCAGAGCCCAUCAGCAGUAAUGGGGAGAACAGAUAGAGACAGAGACAGACAAAGAAAUAGAGACAGUGACAGAGAGAUAGAGACAGAGACAGAAACAGACCGAGACAGAGACAGAUAGACAGAGACACAGUUAUACUGUUGUGUUGAGACUUUCCCAAAGCCGCCUCCACCCCCACCCCCUCCCAGGUGUGCCCUGACAUGCCAGCCUGUCUCCGGUCUGUCUUUCCUACCCCCUCCUUGAGAUUGCCGGCAGGUUCCCAUGGGGUCCGGGGCACAGCUGCCCCCCGCACGUCAGUGAGAGAAACGUCCCUGCCAAAGCGGGCUUCUGGCCUCCGUGCCCAGAGAAUGAGAAACGGCUUCCGGACAGACUUCCGGGCCGGGCCCGGUUGUUGGGCGCACCCCCUCCAGGAAGCCUGACGCCCACUUGGGGAAGGUCCUCUGUGUUAGGGCCCCCAAUCCUGCGUCCUGUGCCGAGGCCGAAGGAACAGAAGCUUUAUCCCAUGAGAAUUAGCCACCAGCUGUGUCGGUGUCUGUGUCGUUUGCCUGUCACAAUGCUUCGUGUAGUCCUUCCCCUCAUGCGUGUUCCUCCUGCCCCCCAGACAGCGACAGACCCUGGAAGGGACAUGGGACACACCCCCCCCCCAGAAGGGCUCCGUCCCCAUUGGACCUGUCACCCACCGCAGGGAGCAGCCCAUCCCUUCUAUGCAAAGUGGCAGCCCUCACCCACAUCCCUGCCCCCAUGGCCACGGGGGCCCUUGGGGGCUUCCGGCCAGGGUGUGACUGCAGAGGGAGGGCGUGGCCAGGAUCUAGUAACCCAUUUCCCCAGAAAAAGAAGCAGGUGCUACUUUCCCAGGUGACUGAACCCUGCACAUGAGAGUGAACAUUCAAUAGCAAAUUGUAUCGUAUUUAAAUAUGGAUUUAGCCUAGAGGAGUCCUUGCCACAAAGAUGUCAUGAAAUAUUCUGUUUGCAUAUUCUAUUUUCAGAAAAUAAAGGUCUACGAUGUAACUACGCAGAGCUGGGUGGCUUGAUGUGGA